GAUCUAAUAUUGCAUCUUGUCAGCAUCAAUUGGGGUUGAACACGAAAGAUAAAAAUGACCGAAGAAUACAUUUUAGACAAGCUAUGGAUAUGUUCAACGAAUGCAUUGCUAUGAACAAACAAAUGGGACGUGACAGCUUGCCAACACAAGUCGUCUUGCUUCGUCACAGAGCUGACAUCUUCUAUCAUGAGAAUGAGUACGAAAAGGCCAUCGCUGACGGCGAUAACGUACGGCAAUUGUGCCUAAGCCUUUACGUGUCACCAAAUACCGAGUUAACAAUGGCGUAUGAACGUUUGGCAUACUACAAAUUCAAACUUGGAAAAUGGCUUAAAGACGCUAAAGGCGAACAAGAAAAGGGCAAGGAAUAUCUUUACGAGUCCCUUGAAAUGUACAACGCGAUGCUUAGUGAGAUUUGCAGAGGAGGCGUGCCAUCGAUAGAGCAAUCAGAUGAAAGCAUUUUUCUUGAAUUGGCUGAACUUAUCAAAAAAGGAGAACCACCGGUACGUUCAGGCUUAGACUCAGAGUACAAGGAAGCCAUGGAUGCAAUUCAAGCGGGGGAUGCAACGCGAAUAGACGAUCACAACGUGGCGGUCUUUCGGGACGUUGCACAAUGGUUGCGAAAUCGACGUUUAAAGCAGCCAUCAAAUAUGAUCUACAGACAAUCAAAGGCAAAUCACAUUAAAGUGAUGAAGAAUUUGGGACAAAACGAACCAGAAAUCACAGCAACAAAACGGAAGUAUGAGACGUUCGAACUGGGAAAAUUUAGCAAAUUGAUUCCUGAAAGUCGGCGUUAUAAAUCGGACUAUGAUACUCAAGAAAAGGUACGACAAGACGUUGAUCAAGACCUGGAUAAUUCUACCAAUGAGUCUGAGAAGGGAUCGGAAUCCGACUCCAAUGACAAUUCGAAAUCAAUUUCAACAUCAGACGGAUAUGGAGCGCUUGUCAUACAAUCGGAAAAGUCGCAAAACGCAAAAGAUGUGUCAACGAUAUUCAUUUCAGAAGCGCCUUCUUCUUCAAUUGCUAAACAAACAAAGGUAUUAGUAAGACAAUAUGGUAUUGAAGAACACAUUCCUGAGACAUUUCAUGCAGACAUGGAUACUAAUCAGGACGGCGAUGUGGUAACAAUGGGACACAACUCGCAAUCAAGGCAAAGCAGGUUGUCGCAAGCGUCAGAUACGUCUUCAGGGUAUUUUUCAUUAAAGAGAACGAGUUCUUUAACUGAGAGCCGUCGUCAUUCAACUAUUUCAAGUUUUGGGUCUGAAGCUAGUCAGACGGACUCAUGCUUCGAUGCUUCUGACGGUGAAGAUGCGGACGAUAAUAGUUUACUGUCAAAUUCGCAAAGAAGAAUGGCAUUCAUUUCGGAAAGGCCACAAGAAAGAUUAUCUCUUUCUGUUGGUGACUUGGUGGUGACGGAUACAGGAGAAGAAGUUAAUGAGCCGCAGCCCAAAGUUCAUAAGAUGGAGAAUGACAUAGAUGUUUGCAAAAUGAAGCUUGGUGAAGGGUGAUUACUCCGUUCCUACGUUCUUGAGCAUGCGACUUUUGAAGUGAAGACUCAAAUACGCCAAUGAACAAAUGCAGAUUAUAGAUAUAUUUCGAAAAUAUCCUGCCAGAUGUGUUAGGAGGGCAAUACAUGUACUUUUACAUCAUAAAGCAGUGUAGUUGUAUUUCUUUGGGUUAUUAUAAAUAUUGGUCAUUGCAUUUCUUUUUACUCAAAUCAUAAAUUGACUUAACAUUGUACGUCUUUGUUUAGACAUUGUUUUUGCAUUUUACCAGAAAGUUUAUCAUAAUGUUUUAAUUCGCUAAAGCAAUAUAGAAUAUCCUUUGGUCGCUGUGUUUAGCUACAAAUUUACAACCAUAAGCUAUUGUAUUCAUCACACGGCAUGUUUAAUUUUAGUUUUCUACAAUUCUGUCAAAUUGAGACCGAAAGAAAAAUAUAAUUGAAUAUAUACUAAUUGACUCUAAAUGAUUACUUUAGAAUUAGAUUGUGGUAUAAGCAGAUCAUAAUUAUAUAUUGUAUUUUUUUUCUUGAAAGCCUGAAAGAUUUUCUGAAUUAUUUCGAAUAAAUAAAAAGGAAGCGC